GUGACCCCGCCCGCAGUCGUGUGGCUGCAGCGAAGCACCUGGGCUCCUGAAGGGCGGGCGGUUAGGUCGUAAACGUCGCCAGCGCCGGCGGCGGACUCGCGGGCUUGGGCGGGCUCGGGCAGCACGAGCCCAGCUGCGAUCGCCGCUCAGUGCCUGCGCCGCUCUGCUCCUCCUGCCGCCUCCGCCUCCGCCAUCCCCACCUCCCUGCGGGUGAAGUCACCUUUGGGUCUCCCGAGACCUUGGGGCGUGAGGCCCCAACUCGAGACCCCCCCCCCAUCCCCGCCUCACCCCCUCUUUCCCGCUCCCCCGCUCCUCCUCCAUCUCUUCCUCUGCAUCACCGCAUCCCUUAGCCUCGGAGCCGGCCGGCUGGGCUGUGCCUCGGGGCCAAGUUUGAGGUGGUAAAGGGUAAAGGGGGCCAGCAGCCCCCCCAGUGGACAAAGGCGAAGGCAAGAUCGGAGCGGGCCUAGGGGCUGCAGGCGCUGAGGACAGGCGGCUGAGGGGGUGGCCGAGUGGGGGGGGGCAGCAAGCGUACUGCGGCUGUAGCAGGGACCGCAAAGGACUUGUUGCACGAUGGAAGAAUCUGACUCCGAGAAAAAGAUGGAGAAGGAGAAUCUGGGGCCAAGAGCGGACCCUCCCAUUGGGGAGCCGGAAGGAUCGCUUGGGUGGGCGCUGCCAAAUACAGCCUUGAAGAAAAAGGUGCUAUUGAUGGGUAAAAGCGGAUCUGGUAAGACCAGCAUGAGAUCAAUUAUCUUUGCAAAUUAUAUUGCCAGAGACACCCGUCGCCUUGGUGCAACAAUACUAGACCGUUUACAUAGUCUUCAAAUUAAUAGCAGUUUGAGCACCUACUCUCUCGUAGACUCUGUUGGAAAUACAAGGACAUUUGAUGUAGAACAUUCCCAUGUUCGAUUUCUGGGAAACCUGGUGUUGAACCUGUGGGACUGUGGUGGACAGGACACCUUCAUGGAAAACUACUUCACUAGCCAACGGGACAACAUCUUCCGAAAUGUGGAGGUUCUGAUUUAUGUCUUUGAUGUGGAGAGCCGCGAACUGGAGAAGGACAUGCACUAUUACCAGUCAUGCCUGGAGGCCAUUCUGCAGAACUCGCCAGAUGCCAAAAUCUUUUGCUUGGUGCACAAGAUGGAUCUGGUACAGGAGGAUCAGCGGGAUCUGAUUUUCAAAGAGCGAGAAGAAGAUCUGAGGCGUUUGUCUCGCCCACUGGAAUGUUCUUGCUUCCGGACAUCUAUCUGGGAUGAAACUCUUUAUAAGGCUUGGUCCAGCAUUGUUUAUCAGCUGAUUCCCAAUGUUCAGCAGCUCGAAAUGAACCUGAGGAAUUUUGCCGAAAUUAUUGAGGCUGACGAAGUGCUUCUAUUUGAGAGAGCUACUUUUCUGGUGAUUUCUCACUAUCAGUGCAAAGAGCAGCGUGAUGCCCACAGAUUUGAAAAAAUCAGCAACAUUAUUAAGCAGUUUAAGCUGAGCUGCAGCAAGCUGGCUGCUUCUUUCCAGAGCAUGGAAGUAAGGAACUCUAACUUCGCUGCUUUCAUUGAUAUCUUUACAUCCAACACCUAUGUGAUGGUUGUGAUGUCUGAUCCAUCCAUUCCUUCUGCAGCGACUCUGAUCAACAUCCGCAAUGCCAGGAAACACUUUGAAAAGCUGGAAAGAGUGGACGGACCAAAGCAGUGUCUUCUCAUGCGCUAAGCAUUGCCAAAAUGCUGUUUCAGAAAAGAAAUCAAAAUACUGUUUCUUAAUCUUACUGUUGAAUUAGUAUAUGUAGACUCUGAAAUGUUGUGAUGCUUACCACUUCUGUAUUUCUUCCCCACUCCUCAGUCUUAAUGUUUACCCUUGAAUGCUAUUUACGCAAAUAGCCAAUGAGAAACUAGAAGAUGAGCUGUCCAUGAAUCCGAUCUGACAUAAAACUAGGUAAUAUGUGAGUGUUCUGAUGAUAAGGUUUUAAUAGCGUGUUCUGAUAAUCUUGUUCCAAUAGUUGUGUGUGCCAAAGCCUCUUUUAACAUUGUCUUGUAUUCCCUAUGAUAGUAACCUAGAAAUUUGGAGUAUUACUAUUCCUCAGCAUGCGUUAAAAUGAUCCUUAACUCCGA